AUUGGCGGGAGUAGGUUGGGUACUUAGAAUUCGGAGUGUGGGUGGAGAGGCCAUGUGAAGGGGUCGUGAUGGCAAGGAUAGGGGUGAAGACGGCGGCGGAGACGGUGGCGGAGAUGGAUUAAAGGAGGAGGCUAGGGGAGGGAUGGUGCUGCUUCUGGUUGGUGUUCUUAAGGACCUUCAACGAGUUUACUAGCUCGUCUAUUAGCUGGUUUUCUGUGCGAGAAAACGAAUUUUAGUAAAAACGGUUAAUUUUAACGACAAAACUAUACACUCUUACUCUGGUUGAAUGUAUGCUGUAUCCUUUCACGUGCCGCUUGAUCUUUUUCGCCUCUUUCAACAGGUGCAGUACUUGUUCGCGAACGGCGAUGAACCCCGACGAGGAACGUUUAAUGUUUAAUGUAAGUUACGCCACUGAUUCCAGAUUUAAGCUAAAUGUAUUGAAGACACCAUCCGGCGCCAGUUGCGAUAUCUGUCUGCUCUCCGAGUGGAAUCCGCUGCGGUACGGCGAAUUCAUCGAAAAGGAGUUCAACAAGGGCAACACUCUGCGAUGCCACUACUUCUGUUUGCUUUCCGGCGGUCGAAUACCGCAACGCGGUAAGGGCUACUCUGGGAUCGCCGGGUUUCUGAUACGCGAUAUCAGGGACAGCAUAAAGGAAACGCGUGAUAAGAUCUGCGCCUAUUGCGGACAACACUCGGCCCCGGUACAGUGCAAUCAGGAUGGAUGCGAUCGAUGGUACCAUUACGUCUGUGGCUACAAAAACUACUGCGUGACGCAGUUUAGCGGCCAGUUCAAAUCGUACUGCCACGUGCACUUGCCAGCCGAACAACGAAAAGUGCAUGAUACCGCGGGUGUGGGAUGCGAGAUCUGCUACGACCGGUUACCGGCACCGGGCGAUCCGGAAUGCAACGGGGUCGCAAUCAUCCGAGCUUCGUGCGAUAGCGAUUGCCCGGCGGGAAUGUACCACCGGGAGUGUUUGCAGCGCUACGCGUACACGUCCGGGUACACCUUCCAGUGUCCGAAUUGCUACAACAAAGAGUUUAAACACUUUGCCGCUCUCAGCGGAAUCUUCGUACCGCAACGCGAAGCGGCCUGGGAGCGUGAGGCUGGAGCAUUUAAGGAUCUGCAGAAACGCCGGUGCACGGCCAUCGGUUGUGAUCGGGCGAAACCAGGACUGGCGGGGCACGGCUUGGUAGGUUGUAGGGUGUGCGGUGGCGCGAUAAGGCACGCCAGCUGCACACAACUCGCCGACCCGGAAUCGUACGUGUGCACGACUUGCCAGGAUGAACAGUUCGAAAAGUUUCUUUAGUUGCAAUUAAAAGUAGAUCAUAAAAUGUGUGAGUAAUAAAAUACCUGGGGGGGUUGGUCUACUACUACUACCUACUAC